AUGCGCCAGGAAACUCUUUAUGCAGUCCAUCCUGCGUGCGUGUCGGCGCUGCUGCUGUGGCCGGCGCCGGGGGCGCUGGGGCGGCCGUGCCCGCGCCUGUACCUGCCCGUGUGCGCGCGCACGCCGCUCGGCCUGCGCACCUUCAGCAACGUCUGCAUGCUGCGCAGCUUCGGCGAGAACAGUGGCCACGAUUAUUAA